AUGCGUUCUUCCACCUCCAUCGCUGCCGGCGUCCUCGCCAUGGCCUCCGUUGCUGUUGCCGUCCCCGCCUACCAGAUUGACUACCCUGCUGGUCCCCUCACCACCCCCGGCCCUGCCACCACCUCUGCUCCCGUUUACGGCACCCCCACUGAUGAGCUCACCACCUCCACUGUCUACGACACCAAGGUCUACACCGUCACCUCGUGCGCUCCCACCGUCACCAACUGCCCCGUUGGCCACGUUACCACUGAGACCGUCGGUGUUUACACCACCGUCUGCCCCGUCUCCGAGGAGCUGACCGUGUCCACCGUCUACACCACUGACGUGCACACCAUCACCUCUUGCGCUCCCACCGUCACCAACUGCCCCGUUGGCCACGUCACCACCGAGACUGUUGUUGUUGGCACCACCGUCUGCCCCGUCAGCGAGGUCUCCAAGGUCCCUCCCCCCGUCUACACCAAGCCUGCUGCUUCCACCUGGUACCCCGUUGGCAACUCCACCAAGACCACCGUCCCCGUUGGUGUUGCCACCACCCCCAGUGGCUCCAAGCCCACCGGCUCUACUCCUUCUGAGGUCCCUGCCUCCAUGGGCGCUGCUGUCUCCGUCUCCGGCUUCCUCGCCGCUGCCGGUGCUGCCGUUGCCUUCUUCGGCCUCCUCUAA